GUAUGGGUACAAACACAUCAAACUCUACCCAUAUCCAUCUAUUUGGAUUUCAUACCCAACCCAAUUGGGUUGGAUAGUAAGAAACCCAUGGGUAUGGGCAAAGUUGCCAUCCCUACUCUGGACGAUCACUGAUGGAGGGGGUUGGAACAAACCUUUAUUCUCUUCUCUUUUUCCCUCUUCCACUGUGCAGCUCAUCAUGAGUGUCCCCCUACCCCGCCACUUAACAAUAGACAGGCUGAUUUGGCACUACUCGUCCUCAGGAGAGUAUACGGUUAAGUCAGGUUAUCAGGUUCUCACUAAUGAAUUGAAUGCUCUUCACCCUCCCCCUGUGCUGCCAUAUGAUUGUAGGUUUUGGAAGCUGUUAUGGAGCUUGUCGUUGCCUCCGAAGCUCCGCAACUUCACGUGGCGGAUGGCUCAUGGAUUUCUACCCAUUCUCUCCGUUCUCCUUCACAAGACAGUGGUAACCUUAGCAACCUGUCCGGUCUGCUCGGACUGUGUGGAGUCAUUCGGACAUUGCUUCUUUCAAUGCCGGAUUGCGCGUGCUGUUUGGGUUUUGGCAGGAUUUGAGCACAUUCGUCUUCACCUGGAGGCUUUGGAUUGGGAUAUCUCAUGGAAGCAAUUAUUUUUCCCCUUGCAGUUAUCUAAAGUGCAGAUAGCUGAAAUUAUAUUUCUCUUUUGGAGGAUCUGGAAGGGUCGAUGCUGGGCGGUUCAUGGGGGAAUCCAAUAUUUACCUCCUUCAUUUGUCCGUCAGUUUGCGGCUCAAAGAGAUGAAUGGCUCGUAGCUUCCCAGGACCAGUCGUCGGAGGGAGUUGCUGGUUUGCGAGGCCUGCCCCGGGCUGCUGCACUGCCUCUCUCGGGCAUUUUGUUCUCUCAAGCUCCGGGUGGGUGCGGGCUCUAUCUCUUCGGCAAUAACGGUGGGCUUCCAUGGAUCCUCUCGGCGAGGUAGAGGUGCGGGCACAGGGUUCGUUGGGUUGGAUUCGACUAACCAAGUUAUGUGUGUUAUGGAUAAGUACUACGAAGGCAUUACUGAUUCUCUCCUUGCAGAUUUGUUAGCCUUUCGUGACGCUUUGGAUUGGUGUCUGACGCAUGGUUUUUUUACUCUCAAAUUUCAUGGUCAUUCGCAUAUGGUGGUUCGAUUUCUCUUGGCGGGAGACUCUCUUCAUGCUACGGCUGGGGCAAUCCUCGCUGAUAUUCGUCAGUUAACAAGGAGGCUCGAGUUUCGUUCUUGCUCCCUUGUUACUCGUCGAGUUAAUAGAGCGGCCCAUUUUGUGCCCCAAAACGCUCUCUCAUCAAAAUUCGGCGAUUAGUCGACUUCCGCCCCUGGAUUUGUUAUGUACUUUGACUAUGUUCCGGACUUCUGUCCGGUUUUGACUAUAUUAAAAAUAAAAAGGAAAACAUGUUGAGAAUAAUAAUAGGAAAAAAAUAGUUUAUAGGAAAUAAUUAAAAUAUGUUGACUUAUUCUUAGCCUGAUAAAACCCUAACUAGAUAUGGCAUUUAGCUUAAGAUAUUGGAUCCUAAAAUCUGCUUGCACGUUCUACCUCUCAAGAAAAUAGAAAAAUCUUG